ACCAAAACGGGAAGAGUUUCUUUGGAGAGGGUUUCAACUUUCAUGGUCCGGUUGUCCUGAUUUCUAUUUUUUCUGGUUUCUAAAAAAAGCCAAAAAAAAAAAAAAAAACCCUUACCGACCCUACCACCGGCACUUACCUCUGCAAGCCUACGCACGUUCGAAAAUCCCAACCAAUCCAAAUCCGACACGUCGUCCCAUACGUAUGCAAAACCGUAUGCAAUGACCCUGGUUUCUGUGUUUGCGUGAAGCCAAUCUCUACUCACUCUCUCUCCUCGACAUCGAGAUUCCUGCUCGUGCUCCCAAACACACACACGCACUCUCUGUGAAAUUCAUCUUUCUCGACCUCGGAUUUUUACCCAUGAGAUCUGCUCCUCUCUCUUCGGUUGAUUUCAACCUUUUCUGAUCUGGAAAAAUGGUAACUUUCUCUUAUCUCAUCCUCCUCCAGUUGUAACUCUUAACUCACUCUUUCCUGUUUGUCUGUACUUUCAUUUCGUAAAAGCCAUAUUGAAAAAGAAAAAAAAAAAAAAACCUCUAUUAUCUCAUUUCUGUACUUUUUCUUGCUUCCCUGUCUAUUUUCUCAUCUGUGAACUUUCCAUUUUUCAAUCUUUGCAAGAUGGGGUUUCUAGGGUUUUAGCUAAUUUUUUAAAUUUAGGUUUUCAAAGGUUGAUUUUUUAAUUUAGGGUUUUAGUAGUAGUUAUUUAUCUUGUAUUUGAAGUGUUAAUCUCUACUUGUCCCAGGAAGCAGUUUCCUUGUAUUUAACUUAAUUUGUUGCUAGAUAUAGUAAUCCGUACUGUUGCAGGCAAUUUUUCUGUUGUUAGGUUUGUUUUGUUGUUUUUUGAAUUGGGUCUUGUGUUUUUGUGUGUGGAGUUUUUAUAUUUGAAAGUGUGUGUGUGUGAACUAUAGAAUGGAACAACAGGGUGGUUUGGGUUCAGAGUCUGUUGACAAGUCUAGGGUUUUGAACAUAAGGCCCUUGCGAUGUCUCGUUCCGAUAUUCCCAUCGCCACCUGGCAUGUCCUCGAUUUCGUCACCCCAAGCUUCCCCCUUUGUGUGUGUCCCUCCAACCGGUCCUUUCCCACCCGGUGUUUCUCCAUUCUUUCCUUUUCUCAUUCCGAAUGAAUCUCAACAGAACCCUCAAGCAGGAGGGUUUAACAGCACGAUUCAAUCACCCGUGCCCAUAACUUCAUAUAGAACACCAACUUCAAAUGGAAAUGCAGGUUCGUCUAGAAGGGGUUCGAAAAACCGUAAAGCUGGUAUUCAUUCGCAACCUAAUGAUGAUGGUUAUGGUGACUCCCAGAAUCAGGGUGACCAAUAUCUGAGCGGAUUCAGUAUGCAUGUUGCUUCUGCAGAAGAUACCGGUAAAGGGGGCAGGAAAAGGGGGAAUUCACAGAGAAAGACAAGGAGUGGCCGAGAGAUCAACGCGACCACUUCUGAUAUUGACCUCGAUGCAUUAGCCAAUGAUUUCCUACAGUCGUUUGAUCUUACGGGGUUCGAUACAAUUAGGCGAUCUGAUGGCGAUAGGGAGUUAGUAAGAUAUGUACUCAUGAUGUAUACUUUGCUCCGGAGAAGGUUUACUCAAGCUGAAGACUCCAAGGAAUCUACUCCUGGGGUUACAAGACGCCCAGACUUAAGGGCGGGUGCACUUUUGAUGAGUAAAGGGAUUCGAACGAACAUGACAAAGAGGGUUGGAGCAGUCCCAGGGAUAGAAGUUGGAGAUAUUUUCUUUUUCAGGAUGGAAAUUUGUCUGGUGGGUUUGCAUGCACAGUCCAUGGCCGGGAUUGAUUACAUGAGUCUCAAAAUUGGUCUAGAUGAGGAGCCUGUCGCUGUUAGCAUAGUUUCAUCUGGGUCAUAUGAGGAUAACGAUGAGGAUGGGGAUGUCUUAGUUUAUAGUGGCCAAGGUGGGGUUCUCAGGAAAGAUAAUGUCAUGAUGGAUCAGAAACUCGAAAGAGGUAAUCUUGCUUUGGAGAAGAGUUUGCAUCGGGGUAACGAUGUUAGAGUUAUUCGGGGUGUGAGGGAUGAAUCAAAUGCAACUGGGAAGAUAUAUGUGUAUGAUGGACUUUAUAAUAUCCAGGAGUCAUGGGUGGAGAAAGGGAAGUCAGGUUGCAAUGUUUUUAAGUAUAAAUUGGUUAGAGCUGCCGGACAGCCAGAAGCUUUUACCUUAUGGAAAUCAGUUCGUAAUUGGAAGGAAGGUAUUUCUUCGAGGGUGGGGGUUAUCCUACCUGAUCUUACUUCAGGGGCUGAGAGUUUACCAGUUUCUCUUGUAAACGAUGUAGAUCAUGAAAAGGGCCCUGCUUAUUUCACAUAUUUUCCCACUCUCAAGUACCCUAAACCGGUCAGUUCACAGCAACCUUCUCUUAGCUGCCUUUGCCGUGGUGGAUGUCAACCUGGUGACCUCAACUGUUCUUGCAUUCAGAAAAAUGGAGGGGCUCUCGCAUAUACUUCACUGGGGGUUCUUCUGUGUUUUAAAUCCUUAGUACAUGAGUGUGGUCCUUCCUGCUUAUGCCCUCCCAACUGCAGGAACCGUAUAUCGCAGGCAGGUUUGAAAAUCCGCCUUGAGGUGUUUAGGACAAAGGAUAGAGGUUGGGGAUUAAGGUCUUGGGAUCCUAUCCGUGCUGGUUGUUUUAUCUGUGAGUAUGCAGGAGAAGUCAUCGCCAAAUCCAUGGAAGGGGAAAUUGGGAUCGACAAUGACGAUAGCUAUAUCUUUGAUUCAACUCGCAUUUGUGAACCGCGAGAGGUUAUGCCUGGAAAUUCUGCCGGCUCUCCUAAACUCCCGUUUCCCCUUGUUAUUAGUGCAAAAAAUGGUGGCAAUGUAGCUCGAUUUAUGAACCAUAGUUGUACUCCAAAUGUCUAUUGGCAGCCUGUUGUGCGAGAGGGAUCUUAUCUACAUAUUGCAUUUUUCGCAAUCAACCAUAUUCCUCCUAUGAAAGAGCUGACGUAUGACUAUGGGACAAUUCAGCCUGGAAAAGCAGAGCUGAGGAGGAAGAAAUGCCUGUGUGGAUCGUUGAGGUGCAGAGGUCACUUUUAUUAACAGGUCGUCAUACUGAAGUUUGAUCUGUUGUUAGCGGCAAGAAAGAGCUUCCAGGCAGAAUGGUUGCCUUCUGUUCUUACUGCAUUCUCUCAAGCUGUAUGGCGCUACAGGUAUGGUAGGACACCAAAUUCCGUGUUUAUUGUAGCAUAUGGUGUCAGAAAACUUAUGUUUUGGCUUUUGGCUGGUUUGUCAAUGUAAUAUCGAUCCGGAUCCUGUUAGUUCAUUAGACUCCCUUCUUAUCUCCUUUGAUCAUUUGACUGUUUCAAUCUAGUUGAGAUGUCCUUUAACUUAUCUGCUGUUUAUAACUCUAUUUCUGAUUGCGUUACUCUUAAGGUGAAGCAAAAGCCUAAGAGAGUUCUAUUGAUA